AGACCUCAGAGUCCUGCGAAGACGAUGAACUGGACGAAGAAACUCGAAAAGAGCAGAAACUGGAGAAAAAUCGCCAAUCGGCACGUGAAUGUCGGAAGCGGAAGAAGGAGUACAUUAAAGGAUUGGAAUUAAUGAUGAAGAAGUAUAUGGCUGUCAAUGACUCAUUACAGGCAAAGGUCAGGACUCUAACGGAAGAGAAUGUCCAAUUACGACAACAGGUUGGGACAUUAAAAGGAACUCCUGCGAGCUUUACUGGUGUACUAGGCUCUGAGUUCCCAUGCUGAUGUGCUUAUUAGCCUAUAAUUUUGGAAUUGGGACCGAAACUGCCCUAUAAUUUUAGAAUUCGGACCGAAACUGCCCAUUUUUGAGAUCUGAACGAUAACGCUGAAAAAAUAUGGUGCAUACCCGGGUAUACUUUUGAGAUUUGAUCCGAAUUAUCCCAUAUUAGUUGGAGGAUGUGAACGCCAGUACUGAUGCGUGCAGCGGGCUAUACCUUGGACUCGUAUCUGGCUGACGAAAGACUCGACCGAGAGAGAGAUAUACAUAUAUAUAUAUAUAUAUAUAUAAUAUAAAUGAUCUGGUCAUGGACGUUUCGAGCGAAUUGCGGUUCGAACCGGUGUCGAAGUCCAGCCACAAUAUAUGCUAUACCAGGGGACUGCACGGACUGACUGACUGACAUGCUGUUCUGUGCUCAGCAAGUGUACAGUACACGUGAGGAGUAGGCGUCUCACCGGUCGCAGGAGCCCGAACUACCAGCAAGCACACACUCACUCGCUCACUCACUCACAUACAUACAUACAUACACACACACACAUAAUAUAUAUAUAUAUAUAUAUAUAUAUAUGAAACGAUCAUACCGCUUAUUAAAGCACAUCGUAUUGUAAGACAAAGUGCAUACACAACAUAACGUACUUUCUAAGUACUUGGACUGGGAGGAACAAGGACGCAAACCUCGCACUCUAGUUACACACACAUAACAUUAUAUCGAACUCGACAAAUAUAUAUGCCGCCCAUUCCGUGCUAAGGUCUAACUUGCGCAUAUGCGUUAAUCCCGUGAUCAUAUUACGCAGUUUGGCGCAAUAUGACUCCGUACGUUUUGAGGGGCAAACACAAAGACAUACACGACUACGAUGAUACCCCAGACACACUGGAAUGGUCGCAAGAGAAGGACGACUCUCGCACUAGGUGUACUUUGAACUGAAAUAUAAAUUGGAACCUGGAGGUUCCUGUUAUUGUUGAUUAAAUGAACCAGACACACGUUUUACACAGU